UCCCAAAUCCUUUCGAAACGACGACCCUGAAAUUUCUAAUUAAUUCUUGUUUGUAACUGGUUAUCAACACAAGUAUUUAAAAUAAAACCCCAUCGAUUUUUUUGCUCUUAACUGUUUGCAACUUCAAGUGGUGUUCUUGAAGGAGCGAAAGAAUGAAGCAACUACUGUUUGUCUUAGUUUCCGUAGCCAUUUACGGCACCCUAGAAGCCGCAAACUGUGCAAGACCCAACCUCAACCGUGCCAAUGUCUAUAUCUACAGUUCAAUAGGAAAAGUCCCAGUCAGAGUCAGCAGAUGCCUCUUCAACGACACCAAGGACGCCUACUCCGACAUCUCAGACAACUGUGUAAAAGCUUUCCAAUCCGGAACCUUCAUCGACAAAUGGCAGGAUAAGAACAUACUUGCUGAGAAAGGUUCUCCAAUCGUAUUGGAAGAGUACGUUUCCAAGGCUGAUUUGGUGAAAAACGAAAUUUCUCUGAGAACAGGCAAGAUUUGCAGGUACGAUAGAGGUUUCUGUUAUGAUCCAACUGAAACCAACACUUAUGCUGUCGUUUGGGAAAUCCUCGACAAGUCCAAAGUUCAAUGUCCUAAUCAACUCUUUAAGGUAUUCCAAGGAGAUGUUGAUUUCUGGGAAUUCAAGCAACAAGGUCUCAACUAUUUGUUCCAUUACGAUGCGCUUGAGGACAAAGCUUUUUACUUGAGCUUAGAGAACAGAGCCCAAUGUCAAGAUACAGAUGUUUGGUACACCGAAGAAGGUUACAUUGUGUCCACUAAGCCACUUAAAUCUAAAGAUAUGGAAUCCAAAGGAUUGGCUCUGAGAACCAAAGGAGGAGUUAAAGGAGGUGUUAAGGGAGGAGCCAUAAAAGCAGGAGCUAGCGUAAGUCAUGAUUACUUCACUGUCAGAACCAAAAAAAUUGUAAGUGAAAACAUUUUAAAACAUUGUGACAUCAAAUCUCUAUCAUUUGAAGAAUUGAUUGAAGCCGUCGAUUCAGACUACCUACAAAACCCCCACAACUUGCAUCUUAUUUUGGAACGGUACUACAACCUUAUUAUGGACACAAAACAGGAAGUUAUCGAACUUAUCUAUAAAGAAAGUACAGUAAACAUUACAAAAGAAUUAAAACAACAACUUAUUAUUCUGCAAGAGCUUUUAGAAAAAACUCGCGUGGAGGUUACUCAAAUCCAAGAAACUCUUCUUGCUGCUGGCGAUCUCAAAGGAAUAAGAAUUGAUGUAGAUACUUUGGCUAAACAAAUUGCCUUAUUAUUGAAGACAAACGAACACUACGAUGAAAUCAUUAAAGAAAUUUAUGAAUCUAUUAAAAAGAACACUGUUUUGAUCAACGAUCAAAGUAAAGAAAUUACAACUCUCUAUGAGAAAGUGGAAAAAAUCCAACAAAUUAUAAACACACAACUCCCUGAAUUUAUCACAAAACAAGAGGUGUACGAAAAGAUCACACAAAUAGAACAAGAUUUUCAUGGAAAGCUCAGAGAUUUAGCCAUGAAUGUAACCAUGCUCAUUAUGGAAGGUGGCGGCGGCGGCUCUGGUGGUGUGAGAGGAGGACCAAAAGCAAAAGAAGAACUUGAAGGACUUGUUCUUGAGAAACUAAAAACUUUCAAACUUGAUGAACUAGAAUCAAAAAUUGACAGGCUUUCAGAAAAGAUUCAAUUAGAAUUAAACCAAUACAGAUAUGAAUCGUAUAGUAACUCAACUCUCUUAGAGGAAAGAAUUUUGAAGAAGCUUGCCGACUUGGAGGCCAAAAACAAACCAAUUUUAGACAGGUUGAAUAAGUAUGAAGAACAAAUCAACAAUUUGUUUAGCGAAGUCAGUGUUAUUAAAGAAACUGCUGAACACUUUAAAGAAUCUGUAGAAAAAGUUUUUAAAGAAUUUGACUCCAAACAUGAAAGUAUUUUGAAAACUUUUGAGGACUAUGACAAACUUAUUAAUCAAGUCAGAAGUGACUUAAAAGUAUUGAGUGAGAAGGAAAUUGACUUUACUCCAGCUAUUGAAAAAGCGAAACAGUUGCUCCAAGAAGCACUUAAGUCAAGAGACAUUCGUCUUGAAACCUUAGAAACUCUUGCUGUUAAAUUGGGAGACAGUGUUGAAAAGAGCGAACAAGAGUUUGAUAACGUAGAAAAUCAAAUUAAAGGCCUCCAGGAAUCUUUAAGUCGUAUCGACAGAGUUAAAGAAGAAAUUUCAGAAGUUAUUGAUAGAAAAUCAGCUCAAUGCGAAAAGAAUCUUUCUGAGUUGAAGGAAAUUGUAGAACAAAUAUCUGCAAAACGCGAUCAAACAGACAAAGAUCUUCAAGCCAGUAAAGAAGCUUCAAAAACAAGGAUAGACGAAGUUUACGAAGAAUGUAGGUCUUCAAUUGACCAUAUUAAUGCCACUUUAGGAGAAGACAGACAAUUAAUUGACCAAAUACAAAGUGAAGAUACCAGGAUCAACGGUGUUAUUGAUAAUUUAAAGAAAGAAAUCGGAGGCCACAAGGACUCUAUUUCAAAACUUGAAAGCCUCAUAACAGAAAAGAGUUUUGCGUGUGAAGCUAAAGGCAAGCAAAACCGUGAGCUUAUUGAUGAAUUGAAGAAAAAGGUAACUGAAUUGUACGAGAUCGUUAAAAAACAAGAGGAUCUGAUUCUCGAAUUAAAGAAAUCAACUGAAAAAGCUUCCUUUACUAAAGGAGGUACUAAGGGUGGUACUAAAGGUGGUACUAAAGGUGGUACUAAAGGAGGAUACGGUCAACAAUCUCAAACUAGCCAAGACUUCGAUUACGAGAGUGAAUGGAACAAUGGUCAAAAGAUUGUCUCACAACAAACAUCUGAUGAUUGGGAACAACAAAACCAACAAUUCGGUGGAAGUGACAGCUACGUUAAAACUACAAAGACUGUUGUUCAUUCUUCGAUACCUGACCACAGCCACAUUCACAAACAAACCACACAUAACUCCCAUUCCCACUCCUCGAUAGAAGAGACUGACGUCAACUUGAUUAUCGAAAGACAAGAAGGUGAAAUCACUCACUUAAGAACAGUCCUUGCCAACGCUCAUGUCGCUCUGGAUGCUCAUGAGCAUAGAAUUGAUGACUUAGAACUUAGGAUUGAUCAAUUAUUGCACAAACUUGCUCAUGUACAAAAAGAUCUAGAAGGUGAUAUCCAUACCAUGGAUAUCAGAGUUGAUGAAGUACACGAAGAACUUGUGCAUUUGGAGAGUGACUUAAGAGGUUCAAUUGCAGGAUGCUGCCAUCAAAAUCACGGACAGCUGGUUAGUCAUUCGAACAUGAAGACAUAUACUAGUAGUUACUCCGGCAGGAAACAUUAAAACCUUUUAACUGAAUUCAUUGAAAUAUUUUUAACAUUUUCACUUUAAACAAUUAUUAUUUAUUUGUUAAGGUUCCAUUCUAGUGAUAUUUUUAUAUAAAUGUAUAAUAAAUCUUGACAAAAAAC